GAAUUCAAUCAGAUCAAACGCUAAAUUUAAGUAGUUGUUAAACGCUAAAUUUUAGUAGGCGUCAAACGUCAACCCCCAAAAGCCGUCACAAACUAGAAACCACCGCUCACAGCCGACAGUCUGCCGAGGCAGCCUUGGAACAGAUUCUAACCGUAAUAAUAGUCGAUGGAGUCGAUGGGUAACGACUUGCAGCUGGAUCCCACCGAGGUGAAAAGAGAGGAGUUGGGUAAGAAGAGCAGCUGCGUCAGUAUGCAGCGAAAGGCAUCCGCCCUGGUGGGGCCAGCAGUCAAGGGUCCGAAGAUUGACUCGCUGGAGUCGACCCCCUCCAGUAUGACCCGUGACGAGCAUCACGGAGACGGACAAGGUGACGCAGAUCUGGCUCUCAGCGAGGUGGAUGAGACCGAUCCGAAGCUCGACGAUGAGGAUGAGUAUGAGUGCGAUGGCAGGCAUCGGAUACUGAAGCCUGUGAAAAAGAGAUCCGUCUCCUAUCGCACUACUGAACGCGUUCGGGAUGCUCGUCUGCAGAAGCCCCAAAACUCCGACGAGAUUGGGGCGAAGCUGAAGGAGGAGCUGAGCAAGUACAAGCAGGAACUGCAGGAGUACAACGAGACCACCAAGGAUCUGGAGGAGAAGUACAUGAAGAUCAACUACGAGCUGAGCGGCCUGCAGCAGAAGCACGAUCAUUUUGUGGCCACGCAGGGCAGCAGCUCCGACCAGGAGGAGGAAAUGGAUGGCGAAAUAGACGGCGAUGGUGAUGGCGUCUAUAACUACAGGUCCACGACCAGUAUCGCCUCCGAUGCAUCUCUGGAUAACAGUAGCAGCAAGAUCUUUCGCAGCAGCAGCAGCUUCAUGACCGUCCUAGAAGCUCCCAACUCUUACGAGGAUCUGCACCAGAAAAAAUACCCCAGGGAGAAGCACGGCUCAAAGCACAUGUCCAAGCAGUCACAGCCGAAGAAGAAUAAGAUGUCCCUGUCCGAUCAGGUCGGCGACGACUACAGCAGCCGCAUUGUGGAGACUUUGGCCAGUCGUCAGUCCAGGCGACGGCAUCGCUCGAUGAUGAACCACCAGCACGAGGACGAUGACGACGACGAGAUGGAGGAUCAAGAGAACCAUCCGGCCUCGAUCAAGGAUGUCUACAAGGUUCUCAAAGACGUGAUGAACACCUCCCAGGAUCAUCACACGUACAAGCACGAACGAGCGCGUACGCGGGAGCGUGAACGGGAGCCUAGUAGCUCCACCCGAGAGCUCUACUCGACGAUCAACAACCUGAAGAGCGAGCAGGGGCAGUACCGAACCAUCAUUCGACAGCAGAAGGAUCGCCUCACCGACUAUCACUCACGCUGUGUCAAAGCCCAGGAGAUCAUGAAGACGCAGAAGCAUGAGAUCGAUAAGCUGCACAUCAACAACAAGCAGCUGGAGUCGAGCAUCUACCACGACAUCGAUACCCUGCGCUCGAAGAUCGACAUGAAGCUGAAGAACAUCUCCCACCUGCCGCAGAUGAUGCGGGAGGAGCACAUCAAGUACGAGAAGGCCAUGCGGGAGAACUGCGUCCUGGGCGAUAAGCUCCGUCUGCUCCAUCAGGAGGCCAACCAGCUGAAGCUGAAGAUCGAUGAGCUGGGCCGCCGUAAGCUGGUGACCAUCAACCGCCUGAAAGCCGCCGAGCGAGACCUCAAGAUCUUCAAGAACUACAAUGCGGCCCUCAAGACGGAGAAGCGGCGCCUCUCCGAUGAACUGACCAGCGUGAAGGAGCAGCUGGAGUCCCUGCAGUCAGCCAGCAAACGGCAGAUGUGCCGCCAUCGGGAGCAGAGUGAGAAGCAGCGCCGCGAGCUCCAAAAGCGCAUCUUCGACCUGGAGCUGAAGCUCAGUCGCAGCCAGAACUCCACCUCGAGCCUCAUCCAAGAGCGCGACAGCCUCAUCGCCGAACUGCAGGCACAGCUCCACACGCUGGUUCACAACUUUGAGGUUUCCCAGAAGCACAUUCGUGUGCUGCGACGACACAUCUACUCGAUGACAACAGGUGGCAGUGGCAUAAGCGGUGGCGGAGGAGUUUGUGGCACUGCCAGUUCUGGUAUCGGCUCGGCCCAGUCCCAGCGACCAAGCGAGUCAUCGGGCAUCGGUCGGGUCAAUCACAGUUGCCAGGGUUCCAGCGGCGGACGCAGUAAUCCACGCAUGAUGGCGAUGAAGGCCAAGGCCUAGAAUCAGCCUAGAUAUCAGCGGCCCAGACAACUUGAAGAUAUGGCUCACAUCCUCUAGGAAGCGCGAUGGAGAGAGACAGAUGGAUGCGAUCCAUAUGAUCAAGUUGCAUGUUGCUGGUGGCACACGUCAUUUACUGCCUGGAUUCUGUGAAUAAAACUGAUACAAUUUUUA